CUUGCAAAAUACAAUUCUUUUCAGAUGAGGAGGACAGAAUCAUAGUUGCUGCUCAUGCAAUCCAUGGCAACAAAUGGGCAGCCAUUGCCAGGCUUCUACCCGGAAGAACGGAUAAUGCCAUUAAAAACCACUGGAAUUCCACUCUGAGGCGUCGGGGAGUUGAACUUGAUAAGAUUAAAUUAGAAUCUGGUAACUUCAUGGAAGAUGCCAGCUUGGAGAAAGCAAAAGCAUCCUCGGAAGACACUCUAUCAUGUGGGGAUGUUUCUUUGAAAUCCUCAGAAGGGAGAGAUGUCAGUUCUGUAGAUAUCAUGGAUGAUAAAUCUGAUGGUAAAGCACAAGCUGAGGGCCAAUUACACCACAAAGUCAAGGAUCCACCUACCCUUUUUCGGCCAGUAGCUCGUGUAAGUGCUUUCAACGUUUAUCACUCAAAUGAUGUUAUACAGCCUUCAACAUCAAUUCAAAGGCCAGUGCCGAAGCAAGGUCCCAUUUUACAAUCGUCAAGACCAGAUAUGGAAUUUUGUAGAAUGGUUGAAGGAAUUUGUGGUGAUCAGGCAGUACCUCACCAGUGUGGCCAUGGUUGCUGUGCUUCUCCAAAUGGUAGAAAGUCCGAAAGCUCUUUGUUGGGACCGGAGUUCAUCGAAUUUUCUGAACCCCCAUCUUUCCCAAAUUUUGAGUUGGCUGCAAUUGCUGCAGACAUCAGUAACCUUGCUUGGCUUAAAAGUGGAUUGGAGAAUAGUAGUGUGAAAAUGAUGGGAAACACGUCUGGCAGUGCAAUGUCAAAUGGAUCUCGAAUACAUAUUGGCCAUUAGAUUGCCUAAUAAAUCAUCAUUGGUCCUCAGUGAGUACUGGAUAAUGGGCAUGAUGCGGGCUAAGUGAUGAUUGUCUGUUUUCCUUGCAAAUGUAACAAGGCAACCAAAGUUAAGUGAAUCGAUUCUGUGAUGUAAAUGGAUUCACUAGGUAAAAGUAGAAUGUGGGAUU